UCUCUGAUCGAUGCUCUAAUUGCAACACAUCUUCAGUUUGAUGCACAUUACAUUAACAUUAAUUAUUAGCUGAUUUCUAAUGGCUUUUGGGCAUUUGGUGUCAAUUCCCAGAUCAACUUCUUCCAUUGCCACUACUGCUGGAAGUUGCUGCUGGAAGAGUAAAAAAUUCGCCGACAAUUACUAUGCAAAUUCUUAUGGAAGAAGAGCUUUAUGGCAGAGUGAUAGGAAUUUCACAAAAGAUCACAGCAUCAAGACAUCUUUGCAGCACAACAUUUCAAAGCUCCAUUACAAUCCCAUUGAAAGAGGAUCUAGAAGCAAUAAAAUUGAGAAAACAUACUUAACAAAUGCAUCAUCUUCUGCACAAUCACAUGAAUCUGAACCACAAGUUCAUGAAUCACCAAAAGCUUUAGAGUCUAUUAAAAAGGGACUCGUUAUGUUUCUCCAGUUUUGCAGACUUUAUGCAUUUCUUGGCAUGAUACCAGCAGGACUUUCUUCAUCACUUCUUGCCGUGGAUAAUUUUUCAGAAAUAUCUCCAUUAUUAUUUUUAAAAGGAGUCUUGCAGUAUAUAGUAACUUUCUUCUUCACGUCUCAAUUUGUUAUGGGAGUGAAUCAAUUAUCCGAUGUGGAAAUAGACAAGAUUAAUAAGCCAGAUCUUCCUUUGGCAUCCGGAGAAUAUUCCUUCACUUCCGGAGUUAUACUUGUGACAUCGUUUUUACUUGCGGGUUUUGGAGUUGCAUGGAUGUUAGGAUCACAACCAUUAAUUUGGAAUGUUGCUGUUACUGCUGCGCUAAUGGGAGCAUAUUCAGUUAAUUUUCCUUUAUUGAGAUGGAAGAGAUCUAUAAUCCUCACAUCACUAUCUAAUGCAAUUGCUAUGUUGGCAUCAUUUCAUAUAGGACCUUUUCUUCACAUGAAGGUAUUGCUUUACUAAACUAUAAUAUUUAAUCCUUAAAUUAUUUUAUUAGUCUU